AUGGUUUAUUCUGGACCAUGUGCAGUUGGAAUACCUGGAGGAGAGGAGAAUCAAGGAUCUCGUGAAGAAUCAAGUAGUACUGCCAGAGAGUUGAUAGAGGAAGUCUGUGAUGAACUAGCCAAGGAAAUUGGAGAGGACAAAGCUGAAGUCGAAGCAGUGAGAAGAGAAUCGAUGAAAUUCCUAGAGGAGGUGGAAGAAGAGAGGAAAAUGUUGCAGAUGGCUGAGGUCUGGCGUGAAGAACGAGUCCAGAUGAAGCUAGUUGAUGUAAAGGUGAUGCUUGAAGAGAAGUAUUCUCAGAUGAACAUGUUAAUAGCAUUCAGUCACGCACUCCUUCGAAGCCUUCAAGCUGUAGGAGAUCUGGGUUCCCGAAAUUUCCGUUCCGUCGACAGCAAGAGAAAGGGCCGUGUUGAGUUCUCGGGUGAACGGCGGGUUCGCUUGCAGCCACACAGACGUCGAUGA